AUGUUACACUCAUAUUCCUUUGACGAGGUAAAGGGCGGUGCUGUUGAAGAACUUAUAUAUUUUCGGCCAAUCUCCGGAUUUCAAUUGCUGUUUAUAAUUGGGGUAAUGAUGGUAGAAGAAGAAUAUUCGGAUGAUACAUUCGAACAAGAUCCCGAUGAUACUAUGGAUGUUGUUUCCGACGACUUCCGGCCGAUAGUUUUGUACCGGGAGUUGGAUGGGCUUAAUUCCCAUUCAUCAUUCAGGCAGAAGUCUCGGAGGCGUCGAUGGACUCAACGCGAUAUGACAAACGCCUAUAAUGCAGUCAAGUACCAGGGCAUGUCGCUUCGCGGUGCUGCAACUGCAUUCAAUGUUCCCGAAUCGACCCUUCGUGAUCGUGUGCAUGGAAGAGUCAGUCUAGAAUGCUCGAGACCCGGGCCUCCCACAUUUUUUACUUUUGAAGAGGAGAAGAAAAUGGUUGAUCAUAUACUUUUCAUGAGUAAAAUAGGAUAUCCCUAUACGCGGAACCAGGUUGUUGAGUUGGCAGGAGAUAUGACGAAGGCGGUGGGGCGAAUUGCCCCGUUCAAGUACCUCAAUCCUAGCCAGGCCUGGUUUUACGCUUUUCUUAACCGCUGGCCUGAUUUGAAAAAUUUUCUCUUCGGCCCACGAACUAACAGAAAAUCAAAAGGCGUUUCUGGUGAUGCGAUACAGGCCUAUUUCGAGCAGCUAGAUAAGGUAAUAACAAAGUACGGUAUCAAGGAUAAACCUGACCACAUGUGGGUGGUUGAUGAAGUGAGCAUAAGUUGUGAGAACCAACCCCCUCGAAUCCUUCCGAUUGGUAUCCAGCGUGCUCAGUCCGUCAGUUACUGGAGCCCCACUGUCGCGAUUAUCGGUGCAGCCAAUGCAGCUGGUGAGAAGGUUCCUCCUUUUCUCAUAUACCACGGGGAGACUAUUUCGCACAGCAUGAUGGAGGGUGCAGUGCGGGGUACUAAGUUUGCCAACUCUCCAUCUGGAUGGGUAAACUCCGAUGCGUUUAUUCAGUGGUUCUUGAAGCAUUUUCGUCCUCAGAUUUUGAAGCGACCACUAGUGCUGCUCUACGACGGACACCUUCAAUUCAUCAGUGUGCGGGUGCUCGAACGUGCCAGAGAAGAUGGUGUUUUACUCUUUCCUCUGCCCCCACAUCCCGCCUACAAUCAUUGUAUCGAAAAUACGUGCUUCCAUGCAUUUCAUUCAUACUUUGAGAAGCGUUUGGAAAGGUUUUUUCAAAGGUAUCCUAACGAGUCACUCUCUAAAGUAAAUGUGGCUCCAAUACUCACGCAUGCUUAUGAACGCGCAUUACAGCCAAGAAAUAUGGUUAGCCUGUUUGCUCGAUUGGGCAUUUGUCCCUUCAACAACCUUUCAACCUCCAUUGGCGCUUAUCUGAAUAUUCCGGAUGACUACGAACAAGAAGAAAUGGUGCUGCCUCACGGGGAAAAUGGUGAUCAUGAGCAAUUGUCCAGUGGAAGUGGCAGUUCUGUACAGUGGGGCGUUUCCGCCAGCUCUCCUUUCAAUUUUCAGGCAACCCUGACAAUGGAGCCGUCCAAUUCUGACUAUAACAGGUCCAGCUCGCACAUCAUCAUUCCUGGACACGAACCCUUGGGUGAGCAAGACGCGUCGAAAUCCGAAGCUGUUGCACAUAACUCUUCAACGACAAUACCACCCACGACGUCUUGUGUACGUGUUCUCUCGACUACUGCUUCAACUCCUAACCCUGCCGGCAAACCAGUGCAUCUGCUCGCAUUGCCCAAGCGAUUGGCUGCCAGUGGACCACACAUUGCGAUCCGACUGCCUCAAACUUCCUCAAACCCCACAACUCGGCCUAUCCUCAUUGCUGGUGCUAGUGGUGGGGUUUCUAUGCCACUAUCUUCAACACAAACACCUACCACUGCCGCCUCUUACAGUAGCGAGAGUAUGGUGCCUUGUGGAGGUCAUGAGAUUGUGUCACUGGUUGACGAGGGAGAGAGUGGAUCAGUUGCAAACAUAGUGGAGGAUAUCGAAGAGGGGGAAGCGCCUGGUCUUUGCGCGGUCUGUUGCCAACUCGAACCGCCCGGGUUCGACCCUGACGCCACUGGUACUGGUGACUCUGAGUGUCCGGUUGUAGAUUGGACGUCUUGUGAUUACUGUAAGCGCUGGGUGCAUCUGAACAGUGUGUGCAGUCGCAAUGCGAUUAUCACCGACAGUGCCUUCAUGUGCGCUCUAUGUCGUGGUCUCGAGGAAGAGGGCCACCAACAGCCUCCAGCGCAGGUGCAAGAGGAGGAAGGCACUUCCUCAUCUGCUGACACAGGAUCCCAUAGUCAGGCAGUCGUGGUGCAUCAUGAACCCUCGCUUUCCGUGGAGACAGCAAAAGAGAUUUGA